AUGAACUGUUUACGCGUGAUCGACGAUUUGAGACAUUGGCGCUAUUUCGCCGUUUCGACGCGCGCCCGCACAGGCGAACAGUCCGAUUGUCGUCACGUGACGAGAUCGAACGCGAGAAGGAUCGGUCGCCCACACUCGCGGCGGGCGCGAAUGAGCACCGCGGCUGGGCGCGCCGCCCCGUCGGCGCAAGCCGGCGCCGACGGGGUAUCGCGCCGGGAUAUCGCCGCGCUGGUGUACAACUACCUCAGAUCCAACGGCUUCGCGCAGGCGGCGAAGCAGUUCAGGACGGACGCGGAUCCCCUCCUCGCGCCCUUCCGCAACCGCGUCCCCACCGGCGUCGUCGGACUCGAGCACAUCGUCGGCGAGUACGUCGCCGCACGAACGCGCGACGCCGCGAGGCGCGCGGCGAUGGAAGCCAACCCGCUCGCGCGGCGGAUGUACGAGCAGCUAGACGACUACGCCAUGACGACGGCGGGGAUCGCGCCGCCCGCGCACGCCCGGACGUAUCCCGGACCGCCGACGCGUCGUCAUCAUCUUCCAUCCGACGACGACGCCGCCUUCCCGGCCGCCGCCGCCGCGCAACGCGGACGCGGACCGCGGCCCAUCCUCCCGGCGCCCACGCGGGAGGAACGCGAGCGCAUGGCCGCCGCGGCCGCCGCGGCCGCGUCAGCCCGGGCACACGCCGCCGCGGGAGCCGGUCCAAAUCCAUCGGUCCAAAUCCAUCCAAAUCCAAAUCCAAACGCAAAUCCAAAUGCAAAUUCACCGCGAAGGCGCAAGCCGACGACGGCUCCCCCGCGCGUGACCACCGCCGAACCCCCCAUGGGCUCGCUCAUGGACGACGUCCUCCCGGAGGAGGGAGGCGGCUGGCGGCCGUACGAGCUACCGCGCGAGCUCAGCGACGCGCGCGUGCAGGAGAGGCUGGCCGAGUACAUCGUCGGCGUAGUGCGUGGCGGGGGGGGGAUUGACGCGGGCAGCCCCGGCGGUUGGGGCGGCUCGGGAGGUUUGGGAACUUUGGGCGGCUCGGGAGCAGCUUUGGGAGUAGGCGUCGGCGGCGUCGGCGUCGUCGACGGGGCGUCUUCGUCGCCGGGAGCCGCGCGCGCGGGAGCCGCCGAGCGGGGCGUGCAUCUCACCGACCGCGACGUGGAGGAGUUGACGUCGCAGUUGUGGGACGACGCGGAGCUGGGUGCGCUGUUGGCUCCGCUGCUGGGUCCGGCGGGAGGUGGGGAGAGGAACCCUAGGGUUGGGGGAGGAACCCUAACCCUGGGAGGGGGAACGACGUCCGCGGGGCCGUCGCCGCUCGGGGCGAGGGGGCGGACGGCGGGGGGGACGGUGGGCGGGGGUCGAGUUGGGGUCUAUUCUCGAGGUGGGGUCGAGGGAGACGCGUUCGCGGACCCGCCGGCGCCCGCCGCGGUCGCACACCGCGUGGGUUCGAAGCGGAGGAAGGGAAUCGCGCCCGCGAAGAGCCGCGCGGUGCCGAGUGGGGGCGCGAACCUGCCGCCGGAGCUGCGCGGCGUCGACCUCGACAACCUGCUGGACGGCAUAGAGUACUGA